AUGGCCACUCCCAUCGCUCUCUUUCCCUCUUCUUUUACGCCAUUUACGGUUCAAACACAGUCCUCUCCUCCCGUUUCAAUCUACGGCAUCAAAUCGUCCGACUCGUCUUCAUCGCUUCCCCCUCUUCUCCUGCUCCAUGGAUACCCAGAAUCGCACAUUAUUUGGCAUCUUAUCGCCCCCAAACUGACUUCCCAUUACUCUGUUGUUAUCAUGGAUCUUCGCGGCUACGGUGCUUCUUCCAAGCCCGCCAACAACACGGAGCUCUACGCCAAGAGUCACAUGGCCCAAGAUUGCAUUGCAGUCAUGGACAGCCUCGGAUAUGCCAACCGACCAUUUUAUGUCUGCGCUCAUGAUCGUGGAGCCCGUGUCGCUCACAAGCUUCUCGUUGAUCAUCCUACCCGUGUUCGCAAGGCCAUUCUCCUUGAUAUAUGUCCCACCCUGGCCAUGUACAACUCGCCAGAUCCCGAAUUUCCCAAAGCCUACUUCCAUUGGUAUUUCCUCAUCCAGCCAUAUCCUCUUCCUGAGACGCUUAUCAAUGGGGCUCCGCGCCAGCUCAUCGAGAUGUUCCUGGGAGUCGGGAAGCAUCCAAUCUUCCACAAAGACGCUCUGGAAGAGUACGUCAAAUGCAUGGAGGAUAAGGACUAUGUCCACGCUACGUGCCAGGACUACCGUGCGAGUGCCACACACGACCUCGAUGAGGCGAGAGAGGAUCUCGAUAAAGGAAGGCUAAUUCAAUCGCCCAUCAGAGUCCUGGUGGGCAAGAAGGGCGUUGUCAGCCGUCUGUUUGAUGUGGAAAAGGAAUGGCGAAACGUCACUGCGGAUGGCGUGCCGGUUGAGGUCGAGCACAUUGACGCUGGACAUUAUAUUCCAGAACAGGUUCCCGACACCGUUGUCUCUAACAUUCUUGAUUUUUUGAAGUAA